AUGAUCAAAUCAGAAGACAUUACUACGUCAGCCGGAGAAGACGCAAAGGACUUGCUGCAGCAAGCCACAAAGCUUGUGGAUGCUGGCAAAUGGCAGCUGUGCAAUGGCGGCAAAGGACUGGAGCGACCUUUUAAAUUUAAGACGUUCAAGGCUACUUGGGACUUCAUGAACGCUGUUGCGGCCGAGUGUAAGAAGACGAAGCAUCACCCGGAGUGGAGCAAUGUGUAUAACCAGACACAAAUCCGGUGGACCACUCACAAUCCGGAAGGACUGUCGAGUAAAGACACGCACAUGGCAAAGUUUUGCGAUGAUGCCGCUUUGGAGUUCAAGGAGCUUGAGAUUGAAGCAUGCGAUGUGAAGAUUGGCCCCGAUGGCAAAAUUCAGGCUGCAGACUGCUGUACUGGAAAGUCGUCUUGA